AACAUUUCCCAGAGAACAAAAAUACACGGGGGAAUAUCAUGAUCAAAGGGACUAAGUCAUUGUGGGUGAAUCUUAUACUUUUAAAUUAAACCUGAAUCUCAGCUUAACACUUAACUAAACUUCCUUCUUGUUCCCCUUUUUCUGCAGACAGAUGCUAAUAAUUAAGUUACCCCAAGAUAUGAACAUCUCCCAGAGUGUAACUAAUAGCUCAAGGUUUCAAGUAUCUGAGUUCAUCCUGAUGGGAUUCCCAGGCAUUCACGAGUGGCAGCACUGGCUCUCCCUGCCCCUGGCUCUGCUUUACCUCUUAGCUCUAAGUGCCAACCUCCUCAUCGUGAUCACCAUCCAGCAUGAGUCUACACUGCACCAGCCCAUGUAUCAAUUCCUUAGUAUCCUUGCUAUAGUCGACAUUGGCCUGGCUACCACUAUCGUGCCCAAGAUCCUGGCCAUAUUCUGGUUUGACACCAAAGCUAUCAGCCUCCCUCAGUGCUUUGCUCAGGUCUAUGCCAUUCAUUCUGUUAUGGGCAUGGAGUCAGGCAUAUUCCUCUGCAUGGCUAUGGAUAGAUAUGUAGCCAUUUGCUAUCCUCUUCAAUACCCCUCCAUAGUUACUGAAACUUUCGUAGUCAAAUGUACAGCAUUCAUGGUGCUCAGGAACGGCCUAUUGACAAUCCCAGUGCCUGUACUGGCUUCUCAGCGACUCUACUGCUCCAGGAAUGAGAUUGAACACUGCCUCUGCUCUAACUUGGGAGUCACCAGUCUGGCCUGUGACGACAUCACCAUGAACAGAUUCUACCAGUUGGUCUUGGUCUGGGUCAUAGGUGGGAGUGACAUGGGCCUGGUCUUUGCUUCCUAUGCUUUGAUUCUUCGUUCAGUGCUGAGGAUGAACUCUGCUGAAGCAACAUCGAAGGCCCUGGGUACCUGCAGCUCCCACCUCAUCCUCAUUUUCUUUUUCUAUACAGCCAUUGUUGUAGUAUCUGUCACCCACCUGGCAGGGAAAAGUGUUCCCCUCAUCCCUGUUCUCCUCAAUGUGCUGCACAGUGUCAUCCCCCCAGCCCUUAACCCCAUGGUGUAUGCCCUUAGGACCCAGGAGCUCAGAGUGGGUUUCCAGAGGGUGCUUGGUCUGGGUGAUGAUGUGUCCAGGAAGUGA